GUCCAUUGUUUCGCUUCUGUCUCUUCCGGGCAGGUGCCCGCGGCGCGCGGGGCCCGCACGUGCCAAAGCGGCGGCAGGAGGGCAGGGACCCGCGGGCGCCGGCAGGGGCGUCCCGGGCGCGCGGCGCGAGAUGAAGUACCUGAAGCCUUGGUGGUCGGACGGCGGCGGCCUCCUGCACCUCACCAUCCUGCUGAGCUUGGCGGGGCUCCGCCUGGACGUGGACCUGGACCUCUACCUGCUGCUCCCGCCGCCCACCCUGCUCUGGGAUGAGCUCCUGCUCGCUGGUGGCCCGACGAGCUCCGCCUACGCGCUCAGCCCCUUCCCGGCCUCGGGAGGGUGGGGGCGCGCGGACCAGCUGCACCCCAAAGGCCGCGAGCCGGACCCCGAGGCGGAGCCCGAGGGCCGGCUGCUUCGGGAGGUUCGCGCGCUGGGGGUCCCCUUCAUUCCCCGCACCCGAGUGGAUGCGUGGCUCGUGCACAGCGUGGCGGCCGGGGAAGCCGACGGGGCCCACGGGCUGCUCGGCGCCGCCGCCGCCGCCUCCUCCGCCGGAGGAGUCGGCGCCAGUGUGGACGACAGCAGCCAGGCUGCGCCGGGGGAUGGCGGGGACCCCCGAGCGGCUGCAAGUAGCCCCUUGGCAGCCGGGGAAGAGGAGAAGGCACCGGCAGAACCGACGGCUCAGGUGCUGGACGCCGGCGGCCACGCGAACCAGGAGAAUGAAGUACUAAGAGAGAGGCAUGAAGCUGUGGAUCACAGCUCCCAGAAUGUGGAAAAUGAGCAAAGAGUUUCAGCUCAAGAAAAAUCACUACCACAGAAGAAUGAGGAUGAAAGUAAAAUAGCAGAUAAACCUGACUGGGAGGCAGAAAAGACCACUGAACCUAGAAAUGAGAGAUCUCUAAAUGGGACAGAAACAGCUUUCUCUCUGGAAGACUUAUUUCAGAUGCUUUCAUCACAGCCUGAAAAUUCACUGGAGGGCAUCUCCCUUGGAAAUACUUUUCUGGGAAGUAUCAAUGAUGGCAUGAAUUCUUCAACACACAAUGUAAACUUUAGCCAAGCUAUAAGUCACGAUGUGAAUCUCCAUGAGGCCAUGUUGCUGUGUCCUGACAAUACAUUUAGAAGAGAACCAGUAGCAAGGACUUCACAACCACAAGAAUCAUUUCUGCAGUUAAAUUCUCAUACUACCACUCCUGAACAGACCCUUCCUGGAACUAAUCUGACAGGAUUUCUUCCCCUUGUUGGCAGUCAGAUGAGGAAUCUAACAAGUCAAGAUCUUCUGCAUGACCUUGAUAUAAACAUAUUUGAUGAUAUAAAUUUAAUGUCUUUGGCCACAGAAGGUUUUGAUCCAAUGGAAGUGUCUCACCUUUUUGAAGAACCAGAUUCAGAUUCUGGGCUUUCCUUAAAUUCAAGCCACAAUAGUACCUCUGUCACCAAGUCUAAUUCCUCUCGGUCUGUGUGUGAAGGCGCUGCAGGUUGUAGUAGUGACCUUGAAUCUCUUUCCCACCAUGACUUGGAAGGAGCUGUAGGAGGGUACUACCCAGAGCCCAGUAAGCUUUGUCACAUGGACCAUAGGAGUGAUUCUGGUUUUUGUGGGGACCUUGCAUUUCAACACAUUUAUCAUAAUCACACUUACCACCUACAGCCAAGUGCCCUAGAUUCCACUUCUAGAUCUUUUUCGUGGCAUGGGAAGUCACAGAAAGUGAGUAAGUACCUCAAUGACACAGACAGAAACUUAAGCCGUGAUGAGCGGCGUGCUAAGGCUCUGCAUAUCCCUUUUUCUGUAGAUGAAAUUGUCCGUAUGCCCGUUGAUUCUUUCAACAACAUGCUAAGCAGGCACUACCUGACAGAUUUACAAGUGUCACUCAUCCGUGAUAUCAGAAGAAGAGGGAAAAAUAAAGUUGCUGCUCAGAACUGUCGAAAACGCAAACUGGACAUAAUUCUGAAUCUUGAAGACGAUUUAUGUAACUUGCAAGCCAAGAAAGAAAUCCUUAGGAGAGAAAGAGCCCAGUAUAACAAAGCUAUUAACACAAUGAAACAAAAACUGCAUGACCUUUAUCAUGACAUUUUUAGUAGGUUAAGAGAUGAUGAUGGUAGGCCAGUCAAUCCAAACCAGUAUGUUCUUCAGUGCAGCCAAGAUGGAAGUGUUUUGAUUGUACCUAAGGAACUGGCGACCUCAGGCCACAAAAAAGAAAACCGUAAGGGAAAAAGAAAGUGAGGAAAUUAAAGACAGAUUCCAUUAAGACGUAUAAGGUUAUCAAACGGGUACAUAGCCACAAACCACUGAAACUGCUUCAAAGUUUGGCUCAAGUAUCUUUUACUACUGCUACUUGAAUCACUCAGGGCUACGUUUUGAAGCUUUUGGACAAAUUUGUGGUUAGUUUUGGGGAAGCCACAACUUUUCAUGAAGCCCGACUGCAUUAUAUGCAGGACUCCAGACAGGACAGUCCAGUCACUUGGUUGCCACUUUUUUUUUUUUGGUGACUUGAAAUGCAAUGUAAUUUAGCUUUUAGCUUUAAGUAUUUUAGCACUGUAGUUAGCACUGAAUAUAUGGAGUCUUAGUAUGAAUACUUAAUUUACAACUUUCUGUGGAAACAAAUUUUGUAUUUGAAUUUAUAAAAAUUUCUUAUAUAGAAAUUCUAACCAUAUUUAUCUUGGGUAUUUGUUCUCCACAAAACCCACAUUCAGGUAUACAGGUGAUAUACGUAGCCAACAGGGCAGCAUAGUGUGGCUUUCAGUAUUUGCACAAAAAUUGGCUUAAGUCCAAUCAGUCACCCCUUGGACUUACCCAACUUCUAAACCAAGGUGCCAAGGAACAUUGCGGCUUCAAAACAUGUCUAAGGACAAAGACCUUUACACAGGUUUAUGCCUCUUUUAAGUACACACAGCUACUUGCAUAUAGAGAAAUAGACCUACCUAGCAAAUUCAACCAGCCUGUAGAAAUGUUUGCACAUCUAUAACAUGGAUCGCUCCCCCAAAAGGCCUCAACAUAGUAAUGUGAAAACAUUACAAGCAACACAAGCCAACAGUAGGGGAAAGGGGAAGUCAGUAGAGUAUGGGCUUUACAACCAAAUAAAACCUGCAAUAAUUGGAACCACAUGAAAGACUCUUAAAUGCUUAAAAAAGGCAAAAACAGAGUAAGUGGAUUUGAAAAUCAACUAAAUGGUCUUAGAAAUAGUGGCAUUUGGAAUGAAAGCUCAAUGACCUUAUUUCAACAGCAACCUGAAGAUAAUUUUCUGAAUAUGUUCAAGGUUUGGCAACAUUAAAAUGAGUCGAUGUCAUAAUGGUCUACCAAAGGAUAUCACAAGAGUACCACCUUGGUUUAGAGAAAUGCAGUGGCUUCAGAGUCUAGAUUUUUAUUAACGCUUUUAAAACAAGUUAUUCUAGUCAGUUUUGUAGUGCCCAGAAAUUACUUCAAAUCUACAACUUAAACUUCCACAGUAUUACCUCACCUACAAGUAGCCUUAUCCACCCAAUUGUUAACACUUAUGACGGUGCAUUAUCCUCAAAUCCCUGAAAAUAUCAAGCACCACAACAGAACUAUACACGAAAGGAUCAAACGUGGAUAAAUAGGGACCUAAGAACAGGGACUUAAAAUUUUGACAUUCACAGUAACCGAAACUUAAGAUAGUUUAGUUUUAAUCUGGAAGGUAUUUGGUGCAUUGUGAGCAAAGGUAAAUGCACCAAACUUCCAAAGGAAAACCUGGCCUCGAAGCAUGUAAACUUCAGCUGCUUACUCUCAUACCAGUUUCAGCAGUGGAAAGCCCACUGCCAAGAUUUUAGUCCAAGUCCCCUUCCUGAUUAGGAAUGUAAUGGACACCUGAAGGAUCACUAAAAUGUUCUACAAGCUAGUGGUCUUAAAACGUUUUCCUGGAGUUCAGAAAGGUUACAGAAAAGGAGAAAUCUGAUCUAUUCAGCUUCAGAUCGUAGAAACUGACCAUGUUCAGAAUCUCAAAAAGUUCUCACUGAAGCUAUAUCCACUUUGCUUGGUAGAACCUGAACCAAAUUGCUCACUCAGCUAAGACAUGGUUAUACAGUUAAAGACUGUUGUACUGAGAAGCUAUUAUCAGAAUAAGGUUUCAAGGAAGGGGCACGUGUCCUCAUACCCCCAGUGUGUUCCUAAGUAGUUGGUAUAGGGCUUACAAAUGCAAAUUUCAAGGGGAUCAGUAAGACUUAAGACAGCUGAGAUCAGUAAUGCUUACUCUUAGGCAACUAAUUUAACCCUUAGCUGCUUUUACAUUUUCUGGUGGGUACCCCUUUUCCCUCCUGAAUCUGCAGUGGAUAGGCCCAAAUUUACAUCCCAGUUUGAAUUGGUCCCAACAGGAAACUAGUCUUACCUUCUUUACCUAUGGAAAAUAAUUGUUAAAUCUGGUUGGUCAGCCAGAUUCUCAGCAUCUUUGUCCUUUUCCGAAUAAAGCCUUCAUAUUUCUCAAGUAACCAUCAACAGGUAUCCAUGUUGAACCACCUUACAGGUGAAAUUAGAUUUUCAAGUGUAUAUGAUUUCCAUGCAACAUGUACUAAAUAAUGUCCGGAUGUCUGGAUCCCUCUAAAGGCUGGUUUCAGUUCAGCAAGGACCUUUCGAAUAUAGCAGUCAGAAAACCCAUCUGCACACAUUCAAGCCUCAGAACAAAUGUCAGCCUACAUAGGGCAUGUAUCAGGACUUAAAACCUUUUUAUAGUUGGGAUGAGUCUUAAUUUUUCCCUUCCAUAAUCUUCAAAGAAAUGAAUUUGCCCCUUUCUUGGGAAGGUGAGUCUACUCACCUCGUUAGUUUGCCCCAGUCACCAAAAAACCUUACAUCUAUGUGAUCGGCGCAGUAGUAAACAGUGGUUAUUAAAACUGAGUGGGGUCUAUCAACCACCCAGUCAUUCCAAAGCUCAAAAGAUCAGAUUUUGCCAAGAAUGUAUGUUUUUAGUAUAUUGGGAUGUUUUCUACCUUUUUGGAAAGGAACCCACACUUGUGAACUAGUGAAUGUCAUUACUGAGAAACAGGAUUCAAGUUUCCUUAAAUUAACUCAGUAAACACCUAGUACAAAUAGUUAUAAUCCCUUUCAGACCUUAGCUUGUAUCCAUACACCAGUUAUUUAAAAAUUUAAACGCGACAGAACCAGUUUCAGAUACUUCCAAGUAAAUAUUAACACUCUAAUGUGGAAGUCAGCCCUCAAUAUGGCUCCCAAUGAUGCUAGGUUCUCAGUAAUCCUAGAAGUAACCCCCUUCCAUUCACAUGUUGUGACCAUUAUAAUAAAAGGUACUACACUUCCAAAUGUUGAUUCUAUUGGGUUUUGAUUGCUCCAAAAGCUCAGUAUAGGGAAAGGGAAUAGCCAGCCCCAACUUGCCAACCCUGUCAGCAUGCCCUAGUGAAGUUUUUCCUAACUGCAACCUUGAGCUUCAGCAAAAAUCACACAGCUAAGUUUUCAAGAUGUUGACCUGCAAAUACUAUGUAAAGUAACAAAUUCAUUGUUGCUCCAAAUUUCUAAGUAUUGAGGUUAAAGGUUAAGCCUGAUGUAGUAAUAUAAUGCAACAUAUGCGAAAAAGUUAUUUCCUUCAUUUAGAAAACUUAUAACCUACCUUAAAUCUGAAGUUUUAAUAGAAAUUAACAGCUCAAUAUACAACAUACACACAAGGGAAAUGCCUAUGUUGAUUAUUCAACAUUACCUUAAGUUGCAAUAAGCCAGUUCAUUUCAGCCUAUUGUGUAUUUAAUUUUCUUAAAAUUUGUCCUGAUUAAGGGUUGCGUACUUCAGGGUGUGUUGUCAUACAUCAACUUAAUUUACCUCCUUUGAGUCUGAGUUCUUGGUAGAGCCGCAUUUUUUAAAACCUUCAAAUAUUUACCUUAUUUUUAAGUACUCUUAAGUUUACAGAUGGACGUAUCUACUUUAAGUAACAGCUUAGCUCAUCUUCUGUUAACCAUCAGUUUGACUUACCUGUGAGAUACCUCAUUAUCAAAACAAAAAAUUAAAUCAACUUUACUAUGUAUCUUUCCUGUUAUCUUUCGUUGUUUCAGGUAAAUAUAUACAAGAAAGCCACUGCUUGUUAAAUUCUCUCCACCAUAUUUAAACCUUUAAAAAGACAACCACUGAAACUCAGAAGGCAUAUAAAGGUAAUUGACAUU